AUGCCAGUGGCCAGUUCUGAGGCUAGCACCUUUUCAACAACUCGUCUUGACACAAGCACACCUGUGACCACGUCUACUGAAGCCAGUUCAUCUCCUACAACUGCUGAAGGUACCAGCAUACCAACCUCAACUCCUAGUGAAAGAACGACCCCAUUAACAAGUAUACCUGUCAGCACCACGCCGGUAGCCAAUCCUGAGGCUAGCACCCUUUCAACAACUCCUGUUGACUCCAACAGUCCUGUGGUCACUUCUACUGAAGUCAGUUCAUCUCCUACACCUGCUGAAGAUACCAGCAUGCCAACUUCAACUUAUAGUGAAGGAAGAACUCCAUUAACAAGUAUGCCUGUCAGCACGACACCGAUGGCCAGUUCUGCAAUCAGCACCCUUUCAACAACUCCUGUUGACACCAGCACACCUGUGACCACUUCUACUGAAGCCCAUUCGUCUCCUACAACUUCUGAACGUACCAGCAUGCCAACCUCAACUUAUAGUGAAGGAAGCACUCCAUUAACAAGUAUACCUGUCCGCACCACGCCAGUGACCAGUUCUGAGGCUAGCACCCUUUCAACAACUCCUGUUGACACCAGGACACCUGUCACCACUUCUGCUGAAGCCAGUUCUUCUCCUACAACUGCUGAAGGUACCAGCAUGCCAAUCUCAACUCCGAGUGAAGGAAGUAGUCCAUUAACAAGUAUACUUGUCAGCACCAUGCCAGUGGCCAUUUCUGAGGCUAGCACCUUUUCAACAACUCCUGUUGACACCAGCACACCUGUGACCAUGUCUACUGAAGCCAGUUCAUCUCCUACAACGGCUGAAGGUACCAGCAUACCAACCUCAAAUCCUAGUGAAAGAACGACCCCAUUAACAAGUACACCUGUCAGCACCAGGCCGGUGGCCCGUCCUGAGGCUAGCACCCUUUCACCAACUCCUGUUGACUCCAACAGUCCUGUGGUCACUUCUACUGAAGUCAGUUCGUCUCCUACACCUGUUGAGGAUACCAGCAUGCCAACCUCAACUUAUCGUGAAGGAAGCACUCCAUUAACAAGUAUGCCUGUCAGCAUCACACCGGUGGCCAGUUCUGUAAUCAGCACCCUUUCAACAACUCCUGUGGACACCAGCACAGCUGUGACCACUUGUACUGAAGCCCAUUCAUCUCCUACAGCUUCUGAAGGUAGCAGCAUGCCAACCUCAACUCCUAGUGAAGGAAGCACUACAUUAAGAAGUAUAACUGUCAGCACCACGCCGGUGGCCAGUUCUGAGGCUAGCACCCUUUCAACAACUCCUGUUGACACCAGGACACCUGUGACCACUUCUACUGAAAUCAGCUUAUCUCCUACAACUGCUGAAGGUAGCAGCAUGCCAACCUCAACUCCUGGUGAAAGAAGCACUCCAUUAACAAGUAUACAUGUCAGCACCACGCUGGUGGCCAAUUCUGAGGCUAGCACCCUUUCAACAACUCCUGUUGACACCAGCACACCUGUGACCACGUCUUCUGAAGCCAGUUCAUCUCCUACAACUGCUGAAGGUACCAGCAUACCAACCUCAACUCCUAGUGAAAGAAUGACCGCAUUAACAAGUACACCUGUCAGCACCACGCCGGUGGCCAGUCCUGAGGCUAGCACCCUUUCAAAAACUCCUGUUGACUCCAACAGUCCUGUGGUCACUUCUACUGAAGUCAGUUCAUCUCCUACACCUGUUGAAGAUACCAGCAUGCCAACCUCAACUUAUCAUGAAGGAAGCAUUCCAUUAACAAGUAUGCCUGUCAGCACCACACCGGUGGCCAGUUCUGCAAUCAGCACCCUUUCAACAACUCCUGUGGACACCAGCAGAGCUGUGACCACUUCUACUGAAGCCCAUUCAUCUCCUACAACUUCUGAAGGUAGCAGCAUGCCAACCUCAACUUAUAGUGAAGGAAGCACUCCAUUAACAAGUAUACUUGUCAGCACCAUGCCAGUGGCCAGUUCUGAGGCUAGGACCCUUUCAACAGCUCCUGUUAACACCAGCAUACCUGUCACCACUUCUACUGAAGGCAGUUCUUCUCCUACAACUGCUAAAGAUACCAGCACGCCAACCUCAAGUCCUAGUGAAGUAAAUACUCCAUUAACAAGUAUGCUUGUCAGCACCAUGGCAGUGGCCAGUUCUGGGGCUAGCACCCUUUCAACAACUCCUGUUGACACCAGGACACCUGUGACCACUUCUACUGAAAUCAGCUCAUCUCCUACAACUGCUGAAGAUGCCAGCAUGCCAAUCUCAACUCCUAGUGAAGGAAGUACUCCAUUAACAAGUAUACUUCUCAGCACCAUGUCAGUGGCCAGUUCUGAGGCUAGCACCUUUGCAACAACUCGUCUUGACACAAGCACACCUGUGACCACGUCUACUGAAGCCAGUUCAUCUCCUACAACUGCUGAAGGUACCAGCAUACCAACCUCAACUCCUAGUGAAAGAACGACCCCAUUAACAAGUAUACCUGUCAGCACCACGCCGGUAGCCAGUCCUGAGGCUAGCACCCUUUCAACAACUCCUGUUGAUACCAGCAUACCUGUAACCACUUCUACUGAAGGCAGUUCUUCUCCUACAACUGCUGAAGGUACCAGCAUGCCAAUCUCAACUCCUAGUGAAGUAAGUACUCCAUUAACAAGUAUGCUUGUCAGCACCAUGCCAGUGGCCGGUUCUGAAGCUAGCACCCUUUCAACAACUCCUGAUGACAACAGGACACCUGUCACCACUUCUGGUGAAGCCAGUUCUUCUCCUACAACUGCUGAAGGUAGCAGCAUGCCAACCUCAACUCGUAGUGAAGGAAGCACUACAUUAAGAAGUAUACCUGUCAGCACCACGCCGGUGGCCAGUUCUGAGGCUAGCACCCUUUCAACAACUCCUGUUGAUACCAGCAUACUGGUCACCACUUCUACUGCAGCCAGUUCAUCUCCUACAACUGCUGAAGGUACCAGCAUGCCAACCUCAACUCCUAGUGAAGGAAGCACUCCAUUAACAAGUAUGCCUGUCAGCAUCACACCGGUGGCCAGUUCUGCAAUCAGCACCCUUUCAACAACUCCUGUGGACACCAGCACAGCUGUGACCACUUCUACUGAAGCCCAUUCAUCUCCUACAGCUUCUGAAGGUAGCAGCAUGCCAACCUCAACUCCUAGUGAAGGAAGCACUCCAUUAACAAGUAUACCUGUCAGCACCACGCUGGUGGCCAGUCCUGAGGCUAGCACACUUUCAACAACUCCUGUUGACUCCAACAGUCCUGUGGUCACUUCUACUGAAGUCAGUUCAUCUGCUACAUCUGCUGAAGGUAGCAGCAUGCCAACCUCAACUUAUAGUGAAGGAAGCACUCCAUUAACAAGUAUACUUGUCAGCACCAUGCCAGUGGCCAGUUCUGAGGCUAGCACCCUUUCAACAACUCCUGUUGACACCAGCAUACCUGUCACCACUUCUACUGAAGGCAGUUCUUCUCCUACAACUGCUAAAGAUACCAGCACGCCAACCUCAAGUCCCAGUGAAGUAAAUACUCCAUUAACAAGUAUGCUUGUCAGCACCAUGGCAGUGGCCAGUUCUGGGGCUAGCACCCUUUCAACAACUCCUGUUGACACCAGGACACCUGUGACCACUUCUACUGAAAUCAGCUCAUCUCCUACAACUGCUGAAGGUAGCAGCAUGCCAACCUCAACUCCUGGUGAAAGAAGCACUCCAUUAACAAGUAUACAUGUCAGCACCACGCUGGUGGCCAAUUCUGAGGCUAGCACCCUUUCAACAACUCCUGUUGACACCAGCACACCUGUCACCACUUCUGGUGAAGCCAGUUCUUCUCCUACAACUGCUGAAGGUACCAGCAUACCAACCUCAACUCCUAGUGAAAGAACGACCCCAUUAACAAGUAUACCUGUCAGCACCACGCCGGUAGCCAAUCCUGAGGCUAGCACCCUUUCAACAACUCCUGUUGACUCCAACAGUCCUGUGGUCACUUCUACUGAAGUCAGUUCAUCUCCUACACCUGCUGAAGAUACCAGCAUGCCAACCUCAACUUAUAGUGAAGGAAGAACUCCAUUAACAAGUAUGCCUGUCAGCACCACACCGGUGGCCAGUUCUGCAAUCAGCACCCUUUCAACAACUCCUGUUGACAACAGCACACCUGUCACCACUUCUACUGAAGCCCAUUCAUCUCCUACAACUUCGGAACGUACCAGCAUGCCAACCUCAACUUAUAGUGAAGGAAGCACUCCAUUAACAAGUAUAGCUGUCAGCACCAUGCCAGUGGCCAUUUCUGAGGCUAGCACCCUUUCAACAACUCCUGUUGACACCAGGACACCUGUCACCACUUCUGCUGAAGCCAGUUCUUCUCCUACAACUGCUGAAGGUACCAGCAUGCCAAUCUCAACUCCGAGUGAAGGAAGUAGUCCAUUAACAAGUAUACUUGUCAGCACCAUGCCAGUGGCCAUUUCUGAGGCUAGCACCUUUUCAACAACUCCUGUUGACACCAGCACACCUGUGACCACGUCUACUGAAGCCAGUUCAUCUCCUACAACUGCUGAAGGUGCCAGCAUACCAACCUCAACUCGUAGUGAAAGAACGACCCCAUUAACAAGUACACCUGUCAGCACCACGCCGGUGGCCAGUCCUGAGGCUAGCACCCUUUCACCAACUCCUGUUGACACCAGGACACCUGUCACCACUUCUGCUGAAGCCAGUUCUUCUCCUACAACUGCUGAAGGUACCAGCAUGCCAAUCUCAACUCCGAGUGAAGGAAGUAGUCCAUUAACAAGUAUACUUGUCAGCACCAUGCCAGUGGCCAUUUCUGAGGCUAGCACCUUUUCAACAACUCCUGUUGACACCAGCACACCUGUGACCACGUCUACUGAAGCCAGUUCAUCUCCUACAACUGCUGAAGGUGCCAGCAUACCAACCUCAACUCGUAGUGAAAGAACGACCCCAUUAACAAGUACACCUGUCAGCACCACGCCGGUGGCCAGUCCUGAGGCUAGCACCCUUUCACCAACUCCUGUUGACUCCAACAGUCCUGUGGUCACUUCUACUGAAGUCCGUUCAUCUCCUACACCUGCUGAAAGUACCAGCAUGCCAACCUCAACUUAUAAUGAAGGAAGCACUCCAUUAACAAAUGUGCCUGUCAGCACCAAGCCGUUGGCCAGUUCUGAGGCUAGCACCCUUUCAACAACUCCUGUUGAGUCCAACACUACUUUGACCAUUUCUACUGAAGCCAGUUCUUCUCCUACAACUGCUGAAGAUGCCAGCAUGCCAAUCUCAACUUAUAGUGAAGGAAGCACUCCAUUAACAAGUAUACUUGUCAGCACCAUGCCAGUGGCCAGUUCUGAGGCUAGCACCUUUGCAACAACUCGUCUUGACACAAGCACACCUGUGACCACGUCUACUGAAGCCAGUUCAUCUCCUACAACUGCUGAAGGUACCAGCAUACCAACCUCAACUCCUAGUGAAAGAACGACCCCAUUAACAAGUAUACCUGUCAGCACCACGCCGGUAGCCAGUCCUGAGGCUAGCACCCUUUCAACAACUCCUGUUGACUCCAACAGUCCUGUGGUCACUUCUACUGAAGUCAGUUCAUCUCCUACACCUGCUGAAGAUACCAGCAUGCCAACCUCAACUUAUAGUGAAGGAAGAACUCCAUUAACAAGUAUGCCUGUCAGCACCACACCGGUGGCCAGUUCUGCAAUCAGCACCCUUUCAACAACUCCUGUUGACAACAGCACACCUGUCACCACUUCUACUGAAGCCCAUUCAUCUCCUACAACUUCGGAAUGUACCAGCAUGCCAACCUCAACUUAUAGUGAAGGAAGCACUCCAUUAACAAGUAUAGCUGUCAGCACCAUGCCAGUGGCCAUUUCUGAGGCUAGCACCCUUUCAACAACUCCUGUUGACACCAGGACACCUGUCACCACUUCUGCUGAAGCCAGUUCUUCUCCUACAACUGCUGAAGGUACCAGCAUGCCAAUCUCAACUCCGAGUGAAGGAAGUAGUCCAUUAACAAGUAUACUUGUCAGCACCAUGCCAGUGGCCAUUUCUGAGGCUAGCACCUUUUCAACAACUCCUGUUGACACCAGCACACCUGUGACCACGUCUACUGAAGCCAGUUCAUCUCCUACAACGGCUGAAGGUGCCAGCAUACCAACCUCAACUCGUAGUGAAAGAACGACCCCAUUAACAAGUACACCUGUCAGCACCACGCCGGUGGCCAGUCCUGAGGCUAGCACCCUUUCACCAACUCCUGUUGACUGCAACAGUCCUGUGGUCACUUCUACUGAAGUCAGUUCGUCUCCUACACCUGUUGAGGAUACCAGCAUGCCAACCUCAACUUAUCGUGAAGGAAGCACUCCAUUAACAAGUAUGCCUGUCAGCAUCACACCGGUGGCCAGUUCUGCAAUCAGCACCCUUUCAACAACUCCUGUGGACACCAGCACAGCUGUGACCACUUGUACUGAAGCCCAUUCAUCUCCUACAGCUUCUGAAGGUAGCAGCAUGCCAACCUCAACUCCUAGUGAAGGAAGCACUACAUUAAGAAGUAUAACUGUCAGCACCACGCCGGUGGCCAGUUCUGAGGCUAGCACCCUUUCAACAACUCCUGUUGACACCAGGACACCUGUGACCACUUCUACUGAAAUCAGCUUAUCUCCUACAACUGCUGAAGGACACCUGUCACCACUUCUGCUGAAGCUAGUUCUUCUCCUACAACUGCUGAAGCACACCCAGCACAACCAGCAGAGGCUGCACUACUUCUGCAUCAAUGCUUUCUGCAACGAGUACACCUCACACCUCUACUUCUGUCACCACCCGUCCUGUGACCCCUUCAUCAGAAUCCAGCAGGCCGUCAACAAUUACUUCUCACACCAUCCCACCUAUAUUUUCUCCUGCUCACUCCAGUACACCUCCAACAACCUCUGCCUCCUCCACGACUGUGAACCCUGA